AUUUAAUCGUGGCUUAGCAAUCAAAUCUUGCUCAUUCCUGCUAUUAAGGGUAGCUUUUUUUUUGUUUAGCCCUGAAGAAUACUAGCUUGAUUCCCCCCCCCCCCAGUUAAACUUAUAUAAGAAAAGUUGCACUAGUGGCUUAAUAAUUUAUAAAGUUACUCUCUUUGGAUUGAAGCUGCUUUACUCUUAUUGAAGCUGUUUUACUCUUAACUGCAGUGAGUGCAGAGCUGUGAGCCCAACAUGCCAAACCUGGAUGACAUUUUAGAGCACAUUGGGGAGUUUGACCUGUAUCAGAAAAGAGCGUUUUUUCUAGUUUGCUUCCUCUCUGUUGCCUUUGCCCCAAUCUAUGUAGGAGUUGUUUUUCUAGGUUUUAUACCAGAGCACCGUUGUCUGAAUCCCGGAGUUGCUGAGUUAAGCAGCAGGUGUGGCUGGACUCUUGAAGAGGAGCUGAAUCACACAGUCCCAAAAGGGAAGGCCAAUGAGGAGACUGUCACCCGUCAGUGCAUGAGAUAUGACGUGGACUGGAAUACAACCGAGCUGAGCUGUACUAAUCCGUUGGAAAGCUUUACCGGUCAUGGGAACAGCAGCAUCCUUCUUACCACCUGCCAAGAUGGUUGGCUUUAUGAUUCUUCGAUACAGUCCGUUGUGAGUGAGUUUAACUUGGUGUGCGAAGACUCCUGGAAGUUAGAUGUAUUUCAGGCAUGUGUGAAUGGUGGAUUUUUCAUUGGGUCUGUAUAUGUUGGCUACAUAGCAGACAGGUUUGGACGUAAAACAAGCCUCUUAAUUAACACCCUGAUAACUUCCAUCUCUGGAGUCCUUGUGGCUGUAGCACCGAACUACUUAUGGUCUGUCAUAUUUCGCUUCAUACAAGGACUAGUCAGCAAGGGCAGCUGGACAGCAGGCUACAUCCUAAUCACAGAAAUCGUUGGUCCAGGCUACAGACGGAUUGUAGCCAUUCUCUACCAAGCGGCAUUUGCCUUUGGCCUCCUCAUCCUCGAUGCUUUGGCUUAUGCAAUUCCUCACUGGAGAUGGCUUCAACUUGCUGUUACUCUGCCGACUUUCCUCCUUUUACUCUAUUACUGGUGUCUGCCGGAGUCUCCCAGAUGGCUGAUCUCUCAAGGACAGAAUGGCAGAGCUAUGAAAAUCGUGGAUGAUAUUGCUAAAAAGAAUGGGAAAGUCUUGUCUGCCCAUUUUGAGAAUAUCAACCUUGAAGAAGGAAAUGAAAAGGAUUCAAAACAGACCCCUUCACUGAUGGAUCUUGUGAGGACACCACAGAUGAGGAAACACACACUUAUAUUGAUGUAUAAUUGGUUCACAAGUGCUGUAAUGUACCAAGGACUCAUCAUGUACCUAGGAAUUUCUGCAGACAAUGUUUACCUGGAUUUUUUCUACUCCAGCCUUGUUGAAUUUCCAGCAGCCAUCAUCCUCGUACUUACAACAGAGCGAGUGGGCCGACGCUACCCCUGGGCUGCAGCAAAUCUGGUGGGAGGAGUCGCUUGCCUUGUUGCAGCUUUCACCCCAGAAGACAUGCAGUGGCUAAAGGUUACUGCAUCUUGCCUGGGCAGAUUAGGAAUCACGAUGGCUUUUGAAAUGGUUUGCUUCGUCAAUACUGAAUUGUACCCAACAUUUCUCAGAAACCUUGGUGUGAUGGUCUGUUCCUCGUUAUGUGAUUUGGGUGGAAUAAUAUCCCCAUUUGUUGUUUAUAGGCUGGCAGAGGUCUGGAACCAACUACCGCUUAUAGUUUUUACUACAGUUGGUUUAAUUGCUGCGGUGUCAGUGCUACUUCUGCCUGAAACCAAGGGGAGAACUUUGCCUGAGACCAUUGAAGAUGUAGAAAACUUUCAUCGGUACCAUGCUAAUCAGCUUAAUUAGAACCAAAUUCAACUUUAAAUAUUAUUUCAAAAGUGUGCUUUCAUCUGUUCUUUAUAAAGAGUACAGCUUGCCUAAAAAGGGCACAGAUAAAACUUCAAGGGUUUUCAUAAGUGACUGUAGAGGUUAUUAUGCCAAUAUUUUUGUCUCAUGUAUGCAUCUGUUAAACUGAGCAAUAUGGUAAAUUUGGCAUAUAACUUAUGAAAGGACAUUCUUUUAAAGGGGGUGAGACUGUCCCUGAUGCCUUUAGCUGGGUUGUAAAUGCAUUCUUAUUCCAUCUGGCUAGAGAUACAUGAGAAGUUCGUUUCAGUUCAUUUUUGAUCAGGAUUUAGCCAGUUUGCACCUCCCAAACCGAAGACAGACUCAAACGCCAUUUGCCAUGGAAGUCUGUGCACUCCUGAGCUUGCAAUGUUAUUCGUAGACCCAAAUGAAAAAAAGCAUUUGACAGCAUAUUUAGAUUUGGAAAAUGCACAUGAAAAAAUGCAUACUUCUGAAAAAUGUGGAAAGCAACCCACACUUUAAUCAAUGCAAGAAGAAUGCGUCCAUUUCAAAGAUGUGCACGACCAACAUGUACAUUUGGAAAAAUAACCAUGAGCAUGUGCAUGAAUUUUCAUGCAAAAAGAAAAACACACACCAUAGACUGCAAUUUGAUACGGAGCUGAGCUGGUAAGAGUUUCGAGGUGGCAUCGAGUUUCUCUUGUACACACAACCCUCAACUUGGCCUUUGUUAGGGCUGAAGAGCUCUGUGAACAUGGUUUUGUAAAUAAAGAAAUAAAACAAUUGAAUGAUA